AUGGACCUGUCCAGGUGGUCUCUCUGUCAUGAACUUCAGGCAUUCUACACAAGAUGUGGUAGCGUGGAGUGGAGUCGAUCCCGAAUACAUCGACCCCUCUUAGCAGUUGCUUCAGACGAUAAACGUGCCGAAAACGACGAAAGGAUAGUGAUUUAUGAGCACAAUGAGAACUUAAGAAAGUGGCAACGUGUCGUUUCACUCCGACUUGAUCUCGCAUUCCCCGUUACCGAUCUUCGAUUUUCACCUAUUGCCCUUGCUCAUUCCCAUCAGCUGGCAGUGGCAGCUGGAGACGUUCAUGUCUACAACAUCAAGAUACCCGUCUCAGCAUUUGUCGAUGAUGACAACGGUACUCCGGAAAAUGUUCCAACUGACGCUACGGAAUACUCUGCGACAAAGGUUACAUUCAAGAUCUCGAACAGAUAUUUCUUCAAUUGUAUCACUUGUUUUGUUGUUGGGAAUUUUCUCAAGUUGGCUUCAACGUAUCGACCAAAUAAAUAA